UUGGUUCAUUAGUGUCGAGGACAUGUGAGUCAGUCCCAGAGCUGCCGUGAUCGUGGGAUGACCGAGGCGCACACUCGCUGUCUGAGAGCCACGCAGCGCGUCCCGGCCACUGCCUCCAGUGUCCGCGCCGCCGAGGAAGUGAAAGGGGGGGGAACGCUCUUUUCUGCGCCUGGCUGCUCGGCGCCAUUCUGCUCGCGCGGCUGACUGUGGAUAAAACGCCACCAAAUCACCCAUUACUACACUUCGCUUGUUGUGGAUGCACCGAUGAGAGAUCCAGUUUUCACAGGGACUGCGAUGGCUUAUCACCCUUUCCACGCGCACCGGCCGACCGACUUCCCCAUGUCCGCCUUCCUCGCGGCCGCUCAGCCUUCCUUCUUCCCGGCGCUCAGCCUCCCUCCCGGCGCGCUCACCAAACCCAUCCCGGACCACGGCCUGGCCGGAGCGGCGGAGGCUGGGCUCCACCCUGCCCUCAGCCACCAUCAGGCGGCUCAUCUCCGCAGCAUGAAGAGCCUGGAGCCGGAGGAGGAGGUCGACGACGACCCCAAAGUCACUCUGGAAGCCAAGGAUCUUUGGGACCAGUUUCAUAAACUCGGGACGGAGAUGGUUAUAACCAAAUCUGGAAGGAGGAUGUUCCCCCCGUUCAAAGUGCGCAUAAACGGCCUGGAUAAAAAAGCCAAAUACAUCCUGCUCAUGGACAUCGUGGCGGCGGACGACUGCCGCUACAAGUUCCACAACUCCCGCUGGAUGGUGGCGGGGAAGGCCGACCCGGAGAUGCCCAAGAGGAUGUACAUCCACCCGGACAGUCCGGCCACCGGCGAGCAGUGGAUGGCGAAGCCUGUUGCGUUCCACAAACUCAAACUGACCAACAACAUCUCGGACAAGCACGGAUUUACCAUCCUGAACUCCAUGCACAAGUACCAGCCCCGGUUCCACAUAGUCCGGGCCAACGACAUCCUCAAGCUGCCCUACAGCACCUUCCGGACCUACGUGUUCCCGGAGACCGAGUUCGUGGCUGUGACCGCCUACCAGAACGACAAGAUAACGCAGCUGAAGAUCGACAACAAUCCGUUCGCAAAGGGAUUCAGAGACACGGGCAACGGCCGCAGGGAGAAACGGAAGCAGCUGAGCAUGCCGUCCCUGCGGAUGUUUGAGGACCAGUGCAAAGCGGACCGGGACGCGGCGGACUCGGACGCCUCCUCCGGUGAGCCUCCCGCCGGCAAAGACUCGGUCCACUCCCCGCUGGGAGCCGCUCCGAGCCCGCUGAGGUUCAGCAGGACGAGCCGAGAUGAGAAAACGUGCACGGACAGCGAGCACGAGCUGGAGCAUCAGGACGAGCGCUGCACCACCUCCAACAGCCCGGGACCCGAACCCGUGUCCCCCUACAACUCCCGCUGUGACGAGCGUGUGAGGGACCAGUCGAGCGCCGAAAAGAAGGAUGAAUCUGUCUUCAGCAUCAGGAACUUGGAGAAAGACAAAGCAGAGAGCCGUCACAGGAAGGACGCCGCCGACGCGUUGACAAAGGACUCGGACACUGCUGCAGGAAUCGCUGUCAGUAAGGACGCCUUCUCACCCCUCGUGGUGCAGACCGAGAGCCCGUCACACUUCAGCCCGGGUCACUUACAGAGCCUGGCCCUGUCCGGCCUGCAUAGCCAGCAGUUCUUUAACCCUCUGAACGCCGGCUCACCUCUGCUCUUUCACCCCGGCCAGUUCGCCAUGGCGCCCGGAGCCUUUUCAGCCAUGGGCAUGGGGCAUCUACUGGCCUCUGUAUCUGGAGCAGGUGGUUUGGAAAACGGUAGCCUCUCUGGCCAGGGCGCAGGUGGAGCAGCAAACCCGUUCCCCUUCCAUCUGUCCCAGCACAUGCUCGCUUCUCAGGGCAUCCCCAUGCCUCCAUUCGGAGGUCUCUUCCCGUAUCCCUACACCUACAUGGCGGCAGCAGCGGCAGCUGCUUCAGCUUCAACCCUCCCAACGACCAGUUCCUCCAGCCCGCUGUCCAGGAACCCGUUCCUGGGCUCGUCGCGACCCCGACUCCGCUUCAACCCGUACCAGCUCCCGGUGUCACUGCCUCAGAGCUCCAGCCUGCUCACCACCGCCCUCCCCGGCAGCCUCAAUGCCAGCUCCGAGUCCUCCAAACCGAGCAGCAGGGAGACGAGCCCGGCCCCGGAACACCACAGCAGCCACAAGACAGGGGGUGCCAGCGGGAGGGCUGGAUCCCCCAAAACCUCCAUGAAGGACUCUGUAAAUGAGCUCCAGAGACUGGUGAGUGGUCUGGAGGGCCAGAGGGCUCGCUCCCCCACUGCAGACUUGUCCAAGUGAUGAAGACUUUGUGAAUGGAUGAAGGCUUUUUGAACAGCAGGAGACUGAGGUGCAGAAGUCCUGUGCAGCACAUUAGAGUCUGUGAGGACAGGCUGACCGACGUGGGCUGCUGAAGGCCGACACUGAUCUUUUGUUUUUUGGAACAAAGAUGGAGACAUUCAAAAUGUAGUCCAAAUAAACUACGAGUGUUCAGGGUUUUAUCCAGAGUGAAGAACGCUAUCAAACUGAAUCUGUUGUCACAAGCUCUUUAAGACUGUCUGAACAUUGCACUCUGGAUUACACUUCUACGCCGACGACUACAUGGUGUCCGUACAUAAAUAAAACACAGGCGGUCCCCAGAUGAGGAACGAGUUCAGCUCCUGUGGCUGAAAAAUACCUGGACUGUGACAUAAAUGGAAACUACAGCUUAACUGGCUGCAACUUAAAAAAAAAAAAGAAAAAAAUUAUUAAUGAAUUGUUUAAUGUAUAGCAUAUCCACAAAUUGUGACAAUGACCAUAUGCCACUGGUGUUCAAGGUGAUACCUUCAAGUGUCUUAAUUUGUCUGAUAAACUGUCCAAAACCCAACAAUGUUAAAUUUACUACAGUUUAAAACUGUAAAUUAUUAUAUUUGACAGCAGAAUGUUUGAAUUUUUUUAGUUUUAUUUUUUGAGGAACCACAAACGAUGAUAAUUGACAUUCAUGAUUCAUUUUCUGUUGUUUUCAGUGCUCGUCUAAACUAAGGCAGUUUUUGCCUGAACACACCUUAAAUAAAGCCUCCGUGUAUCUUUACUCAAAGCUGCAGGUUUCCAUUAAAAUAAGAAAAACUUGCUGUAAUUUGUACAUACAUCAUGUGCGCAAUUACAGAUGCUCGUUUACGAGGUGGGGCCACCUGCUGGUGGAAAUUAAUAAGACUAUCAAUAGUUACAAAAACCUGAUCAAGUCAUGAAAAUCAUGUGUGACUUGUUUUAAUCAGUGUCCCUACAAAAUAAAAUCUAACUUGAUCGCUUUCUGUGAUAUCGGAGUCACUGAGCCGAUAUCAGCCCGACAUAUCGAACUGACACCUGAAGUCCAAAGUCCAUUAUUCUGGGUUCAACUUGAAGUGUCUAGGUUCCAGGCCCAGCCUAUAGUCCAGGCUGAGCUCCAUCUAAAAACAUUUCUAGUCCCAUUUUGCUCCCCACCCCUCAAAAAAAAAAAAAAAAAAAAAAAAGAAAACCCUGAACAUUUUACUUUUCAUUUCACAGCAGUAAAUUCUUUUUGAACUAUUUAUGUAAUUAAAAAAUUUAAUUCUGUAAAUAAAGCUAAGAUCCAAGAAUAUGCAAUCGGUAUUAAUUUAUUUAAGGCUGUAUAUUAGCGUGUAUAUAUUUUGAAUUUAGCUCUUUUUUUCCUGCCCAUUGAAGGUAAAAUAUAAAGUGACUUUCGUGCUUGUUGUUGAUUUGAGGAGACGUGUGUGCCAUGUUGAGUCUGCAUCCACCGACAAACUCAGAGGAACGGAGAGCACCACCUCAGGUUAUUUCACUCCAGCCAGGAGACAGCGGACGCAUCACUCAUAUCUAUUCAGAAAUAUAUUUAAAGAUGAAACUAUCUUCUUUAUGCUGGUUGUCCGGGUAUUUUUUUUUUUUUUGAUUGUCUCACAAUUUCAAUAAAAAAAAUCGUUGUGCUGAAA